CUGUACAAGGAGGCCGAGCUGCGGCUCAAGAGCAGCUCCAACACCACCGAGUGCGUCCCGGUGCCCAGCUCCGAGCACGUGGCCGAGAUCGUGGGACGGCAAGGCUGCAAGAUCAAAGCCCUGCGGGCGAAGACCAACACCUACAUCAAGACCCCGGUGCGGGGCGAGGAGCCGGUCUUCAUGGUGACGGGGCGGCGGGAGGACGUGGCCAUGGCCCGGCGGGAGAUCAUCUCUGCAGCCGAGCACUUCUCCAUGAUCAGGGCCUCCCGCAACAAGGCAGGCACCACCUUCGGCAGCGCGCCCACCCUGCCGGGGCAGGUCACCAUCCGGGUGCGUGUGCCCUACCGUGUGGUGGGGCUGGUGGUGGGCCCCAAGGGAGCCACCAUCAAGCGGAUCCAGCAGCAGACCAACACCUACAUCAUCACACCCAGCCGGGACCGGGAUCCCGUUUUUGAGAUCACCGGCGCGCCAGGCAACGUGGAGCGCGCCCGGGAGGAGAUCGAGACCCACAUUGCAGUGAGGACGGGCAAGAUCCUGGAGUACAACAAUGAGAACGACUUCCUCUCUAGCAGCCCUGACUCUGGCAUGGAGAACCGCUACUCAGAGGCCUGGCGGGUCCACACGCCGGCGCCGGGCUGCAAGCCCCUCUCCACCUUCCGGCAGAACAGCCUGGGCUGCAUCGGCGACUGCUCCGUUGACCCUGUCUAUGAGACCCCCCGGCUGAACGACCAAAACGACUUCAAUUACGGUUACCUCUUCCCCAACUACGGCGUGAACAAGCAGGAUCUGUACUACGGGGUGCCGGAGUCAGGGGCCCCGAUGUGGGCUGGCCAGGAGAACACCAACCCUGUCUCAGUGCUCUUCUCAAAGCAGCAGCGCUCCAGCAGCACUGGCACCAUCCACCCCAACUCCCACCGCUCCCCGUCCUCCUCCAUCCCGGAGCCCAGCCUCUCUGGGCUGCCCAGGAGGUCGCAGGGGGAGCCACUCCAGGGGUUUUCCAAGCUGGGAACGCCGGCCGCUGCCCGGACAUCCGUUGCCAGCAGCCGUGAGUGCAUGGUGUGCUUCGAAAGCGAGGUCACGGCUGCGCUGGUGCCGUGCGGCCACAACCUCUUCUGUAUGGAGUGUGCCGUGAGGAUCUGCGAGAGGACUGAUCCGGAGUGCCCGGUUUGCCACGCAGCAGCCACUCAGGCCAUUAGAAUAUUUUCCUAAAGAGACAGAGCAGGGCACUGGGGGGUGGGGGGUAGGAAGGGAGUGUGGGGGGGUCCAUGAAAGAAAAAUGCUGAUGAUAAUAAUAAUAAUAAUAAUAAUGAUAAUAA